UGUCUGCAAGCGCCAGCCCCAGCCGCACUGAUGCUCAAGCACCUGCAGAAGCAGAGAAAGCACAAAAGCCCUGCAGUUGAGGAAGAAGCCCAAAAAGAGAGAGGCAAAUUAAUUUGUUCAAGGUGACACAGCUGCUCAGCAGCCUCACAGGGGCUGUGACCUCUAGCCUCACGUUUUGGAGGCUUCAAAACAAAGUGAGCUCACUUCCUGUCAAGGAAUCAAGGUGCAGUGUAAACUGCAGAUGGCUACUCAGCUGGAUAAGCCUUUAACCAUGGAAAGAAGGCUUGUAAAGAAGGAAAUGAAAAAGCUGCUGGGAGAUUAUAUUGGCAUCAGACUUCGGGAAAAUGAAUUUGACCCAAAAGGAAGAAGGCAACUCACCUUUCUAGAUGAUAUGGCACACUAUGACCUGGCCAUCAGCGUUGCUCUGCGGUGGUUGGAUCAUUCAGAAGACUUAGCUUGGCUGGAGUGGAAGGACAUGAAAUUGCCACUUCACAGCAGACCUAUGUACCCAAACUAUAGAGAACGAGAAGCAAUGAUUUUAUCAUCUUACGCUGGAAUUUUAAUGAACAGUAUCCCAAUUGAAGAAGUCUUUAAAAUUUAUGGGGCCAAUUCUCCUGCCAAUUCUGGUACUACAAAGGUUCCUCGUGCUCCACUACCCCGGCUCUCCAUGCACCCUUUGGCCAUGUUAACUGCGCCCAAAGCAGUAGAAUAUGCCUGCAAGCAGAGUGUCAUGCUAAGAAGGGGAGCAACACAUAAAAAAGCCAGGAGCAGUUCUACAAAGGAAGCAAAUGCCACAGAAUGGAAAUCAUCAAAAAGAUUUUCAUACUCACUGCCAAAGAAAAAAGUCACUUAGAAACUUAGACUUCUACCGUGGAACUUAAUAACACAACCUCUGGGAAUAGAGAAAAACCAUCAUCUGCAUUUUCUUUACAGUUCAUUUUUGAUGCAAAUGGAAUUGAAUGUUAUAUUUUUUUCUAUUAGAAGCAUUUGCAAAGAACGUUUUGGUAAAAGAAAAAAAUGUGUGUAUCUUCUGCUACUUCAUGGUGACUGGAAGACUGAUAGAUAAUUCAGGGAGUCUAUAACAUUUCUGCAUCAGAGCAGGCAGACGGGCUUUGUAGCAGAUUCUACUAAUGUGUGGCAUUCAGUAUAGUGGAGUAGCAGACCGUUUUCCUAAGUUAUAAUCCAGAAUAAAAUUAAUCAGUUGUUGAUUGCCUUUACUAUGCUCUCAAAUGGAAAAGUAUUUAAGUUAUUUCAAUAAAGCAUUAAAGAAAUAA